AUGGCUUCUUCAGCUGCCACGCGAAUUCGUCUAAAGAGCCUUAUGUAUGUCUGGUAUACACAUGCUGAUAUCGAAAAGACAGACGAUUUCUUGACCGACUUUGGCCUCAUCAAAGUGGAAAAAAAGUCGGACAAGAUCUGGUAUCGCGGUUUCGGUGAAAGCCCUAUUUGCUACAUCUCCGAGAAGUCCGAAAAUGGGAGGCCGGCUUUUCUCGGCGGCGGCUGGAGUGUUGACACCUAUGACGACCUCCAAGCUGCCGCUCAAUUGCCCGGUGCGUCUCCCAUUUCAAAGGCCGAUCAUGUAAUAGGAGGCGACAAGGUCACGCUGAGUGACCCUGCUGGAGGCUUGGUUCACCUUCACUGGGGCCACCGAGAACGCAAGAUCGCCAAAGACGAGGUGCCCAAGAAGUUGACUUACAACACGUGGGACACAAAGUCUCGCAAAGGAGAGUUCCAACGCUUCGAUGACGGACCGAGUGACAUCCACAAAUUGGGACACUAUGGUUAUGAAGUAAACCAUGCAGACUUUGAGAAGGUCCGCCAAUGGUACUUCGACACUCUCACGCUCACAGCGACCGAUUCUCUCUUCAAUCCACAGAACGGGAAAGAUAUCAUGACAUUCAUGCACCUCGAUAAAGGUGAAGAGUACGUUGACCAUCACAUUUUUGACUACUGGUUCGAUACUGAUGCGUUCGUACUGGAGCAUUAUGCGGACGGGGAUUUGGUGAAUUGCAACAACCCACCUCAGCGCGAGCCAGCUUCACCAGACAACAUUGCUGUAUGGGCACCCAUGUUGCCACUUGCGUUUCUCACCCGAAACAAGGAGGACAUUGGCAAGGCUCCUGGGCCGCCUCCCGGUGCAGGUGGGCCACCGAAGUCAGUGUCGUCUUGA